GUCGACGCGACUUCUUUGUGCUUGUACCUAUUCUCUUGAAAAUUGUGCGCGUUAUUUGCGUGCUGCUCUCAGCUCUCCAUAAUGGCCGGCUGGUUUUCCUCAACGUCGCCGCUCGAUGAGCAGAUCGAGCGGGCGACCGGCUCCUCCCUAGAGGACAUUUCCCUCAACUUGGAGAUCUCUGACAUGGUUCGAUCGAAGAGCGUCCAGCCCAAGGAAGCCAUGAGGUCGUUGAAGCGUCGAUUGGAGAACAGAAACCCAAACAUUCAGCUAGCUACGUUGAAGUUGACCGAUACGUGUGUUAAGAACGGCGGCACCCACUUCCUGGCCGAAAUCGCAUCCCGUGAAUUCAUGGACAAUCUGGUGUCACUACUCAAAUCAGAAGGUGCUCCACUGAACCCCGACGUCCAGCGCAAGAUCUUGGAACUUAUCCAGAAUUGGGCGAUGGCGGCUCAGGGCCGCAUGGACCUGAUGUAUCUGGGGGAAACAUAUCGAAAGCUGCAAACCGAAGGCUUCCAGUUCCCACCGAAAACGGAGAUGAGCGGUUCUAUGUUGGAAAGCAAUGCACCACCCGAGUGGAUUGAUUCAGAUGUCUGCAUGCGAUGCCGCACCGCUUUUAGCUUUAUGAACAGGAAACACCACUGCCGAAACUGUGGCAACGUCUUCGAUCAACAGUGCUCAAGCAAGGUCCUCCCGCUUCCGCAUCUCGGAAUCCUCCAGCCUGUUAGAGUCGACGAUGGGUGCUACGCCAAACUGACCUCAAAGUCAUACGUCCCAGCCGGCUUUGCCGAUCGUUCCGCGUUUAAGAAUAAUUCCAUCACCAAAUCCAGUACUAUGGAGCCUCGGGGUGCCAAAGCAGAUACAAGUUUCGACGAUGAUCUUCGCCGGGCUUUGCAGAUGAGUCUUGAGGAGGCGGAAGGAAGAGGCCCGACUGGAUUUGUGCCACAAACUGGAAAUACACCUCAACAAGCCAAGCCAGUUACUGCUCCUGCUCCUGGCCCUUCAAAUGUUGAAGAGGAAGACGCAGACUUGAAAGCUGCCAUCGAAGCCUCCCUACGAGACAUGGAAGAGCACAAGCAGAAACAUGCGGCUGCAUUGAAGAGCAAUCCUCCACCGUCCACAACAUUCCGUGAUUCAUCUAGCACGCCCACCCCACUACCAAAGAACCCAUACGAGCUCAGCGCCAUGGAGGCUGAAAAUAUCCACCUUUUCUCUACUCUUGUCGAUCGACUACAGCAUCAGCCUCCUGGAACCAUCCUCCGAGAACCCCAAAUUCAAGAACUUUACGAGAGCAUUGGCACGCUUCGACCUAAAUUGGCCCGGAGUUAUGGAGAGACAAUGAGCAAGCAUGAUACUCUCCUGGAUCUCCACUCAAAGCUCUCCACUGUUGUUCGCUACUACGAUCGAAUGCUAGAAGAGCGUUUAUCUAGUGCCUACUCUCAACAGAACUUGGGCUAUGGAGCCAUUCCAGGUGCCGCACAAUACCCGACUAUGCCCGGUGUCCAUGCUCCGGAUUUGAAAUCUGGCGCCGAGAACUAUUAUUACACGAACGCACCAGACACUCCUCGCGCUUCCACAUAUGCAUCUCGCCAAGUUAGCAACAGUGGCUAUGAUGCACCUCCUAGCGGAGUGACGAGCCCGGGCUAUCCCCAACCGGCACCCAAUAAUUGGGCUCAGAACCCAUAUCCGUCUUUGGGAUCACCUCCGCCGCAAAGCAACGCCAUUCCCAACCACCCGGCUCCGGGAUCGGCUGGUGCACCUCAGUACUACGCGCCUCAGCCCGAGCAAGAUCCCUCGCAGUCGCAUUACUCCGAAACCCCGUAUCACCCUUCCUCAGUCAUGCGGCGAGAUUCACAAUACCAGGCGAGCGCACCCCCGGUCGGCCCCAGUGCACCCGAACAGCACUCGCCUGAGCAAGUCCAUUCACCUACAUACUCUAGCGUGAAUCCCGCGGGGACUACCCUCCACCAGCAGCCGCCUGGCGCGCCUCAAUCCUAUUAUUAUCAACCCCAGCAACCCAGCACGGUACCUUCGGGAUACCCACCAAUGACGGCGGGCCAACCGGGCGCAUAUCCGGAUGCCCCCCAAACGCAGCCCUCCGCCUCUCACCAACCAGCCCGCCCCGUGGAGGAGAGCUUGAUUGAACUAUAGUGUAGAUGCAUCUCUCUCCGGCGUUUGAUUCUAGUUUACUGUCUUUGCCUCUUUCUCGCUCUUCUCCUUUUUGGGCGUCUACGUACUCGAUGAUACCUGAGACUUUUCUUCGUUUUUUUAUGGUGACCUGAUUGCAGAAUGUAACUACUAAAUUACCAC